AUGCGAAUUAUUUCGUUACUGUUCAACUUCUCUGUCCCACGAACGCACCCUUGCCGCUACUCCACCCGUCUCGCCUACACCGUUCCGCCCGUCUCGCCUACGCCGCUCCUCACAGAUCCGCCGUCUCCUCGCAGAUCCGCCGCCGGCUGCACGAAGACGGAGACGUUUCCCGCAUUAUACCCAAGAGCUUGGACAGUAUAUGAGGGGCAUAUAUCAGGUGUGAUGAUUUUUGUUGAUACAAGUGGAGAAUCCUUAAGGAAAAUGCAAAAUUCUGGGAAUUCUGUUGGAGGAUACAUAUUACCUCGUGCUAGGAGGCCUGAUGGCGUGCAUGGUGUGCUUCUACAUCACAAGACUGCAAGUGAGCAAUCUCUGCUCACAUUUGCAAUUGCAGCAGAAGAGACUGAAUAUGUUCAUAUCUCAGAAUGCCCUGUCUUUGUUAUAUCCGGUUCUCACAAAGGCAUCUCCGCGAAGGACAUGUGGCAUGAAGUUAAACAGGUUAUGGACCUGCUUUCAGAUUUUAUUGAUCUUUGUUUUUUUGAAAUGUCUAUGUUCGAUGUUAUUACCAUCAAUUUAUUCAUUCUUUAUUCAGGUUGUGUUGCCCCAUAUAAGCUAUCACUAUGCUCCAAGCAUUUUAUAACACAAGUUGGAGACCUAAAUACUGUCAAGAAACAGAAGUUUGUUUUAAUAUUACUUCCAGUUCAUGGUUUAAUCUCCACCGGUGGACAGUUUAAGAUAGGGAUGGCUGAGCUGAUUAAAUGA